AUGACCAAUUAUGAACGGUCAUGUCGUUUCACGAAGUCGGAUGAGUCGGGCCCUAUGCGCGUUUACGUCAAUAAUAUGAACAUACGCCAUCCCGUAGUGACCCUUCCUAGACGAAGUGAAUCCCACAAUUUUACUAGCACUAGGCAAAUGACGCAUUCGUCGCAAAGAGAGUUUUCCCCAACCUCUCCCCAUCAGCCAACCUCACAAUUGGGAAAAGAUUACACCAAUGAUUCGCAAAGAACCUCAAGAGGAACGGCGCCGAUUUUAGGGUCUGGCUACACCCAGCAAAGGGUUAGGGAGUCCUCAAGCGCCGCGAGCGGACACACCAGAUCAUUUAGCCCGAAUGGAAAUCAAGAAACCAAUAUGAAUAGAAUCUACCAACGCAUUAUGCAGCGUCUACAACAUGAGCUGAACUACAACGAUUUAAAUCGCAUCCCGCUACACGAACAGUACCGCGUCGAUCUCGACAUGCAGGAAAUGGCGAAUCGGCGAGAGGAAGAAAAUUCACUGAAGGACCCCACUGCUCGUAGCAUCGUUGGGGAGGACGGAACGUACCCUACUGGUAGUCGAUUCGAAUCGAGAAAAGGCUCUGUGGGAUCUACUAGCACUGGGAGAAAUGAAAAAGCGAUGACGUCGAGUACGGAGGUAUCAAGAGGGCAAACCCGAAGUCCCCAGCGAACACCCCGUCUGAUGGAAAAAGGGGCGAGUGAGGGUCGGUGUGAUAGCCCGAGUUCCUCCACCAAGAAGGUAAGUCAUCUUGUGCGCCUCAAUUUACCCUCGACGGACCCUGGACUCUCCAGGCGAAACAGCACGCAUGAAGAUACGAUGUCGAAAAUAUCCACCAGUGAUGUGGAGCGAUCCCUCGCACUUCAGCCCUGCCCCCUCCCCUUGCAGCUGGUGAUUCAGUAUGUGCAAAAAACGCUCGCGGAUAAGCUGGCGUUGGCAGAAAUCAGCAGCCUCGAGAACUGCCUUCGUUUUGUCUUUGAAUCUCGCGCGCUGCUCGAUCGUUUAUUGCGUGAAAUUCCCACCUAUACUUCUUUCCCUCCCCAAGAUCAGCUCGAUACCGGCGCCCUGCCCUACAUCUCCAGGCGAAGGAAGGAGCCCUCACUCGCGAACGCGGGGGGGAGUGAUACCGAACGUAGCAGCACGGGUGGAACCUUUCCCAACAUGCGGUUGCAAGAACUUUUUCAAAAGUUCAACAAAACCCCCGUGCUCAUCCCACGUGGGCGCUAUGUGCAGGACGAGGAAACCGGCGCGGUGAUUGCUGAGCUCGAUCGUUCUCAAGAAGAGGCGUUGCAGAAGGCAUCGGGGUCUGGUUUCGAACCCCACGGCAACCUCGCUCGGCCCUUGUCGGCAUCGCAGAUGCAGAGCGCUCCGCUUAGCGUAAGCGGCAGCGGAAACAGUCCGAUCAUCAAGGCGAUUUACGAUAUGUACGUGAAACGAAAUCGCGAACUCGCAGGCGACGCGUCCGAGCAAUCCAACUCCGCCCUGGAGGUGAACUCCACUCUGGGCUUCGACUCGGGUCUCCAGCUGCCCCUGACGUAUGGCAAAUCCAGUCGACUUCGUAAGGAGCUGGAGAACUUUCAACCGCCGAACGAGAUUACCUGGCGGGCCUCACGAAUGGGGCCUUCCUCCAUGGCAACGGGUCGGUUAGAUUCGGCGCCGAUCGAUCCCUUUUCCGGCGCGACGCUGGCGAUGAUGUCGAUCACCCCGGGUUCCGGGUUUUCCCAAUCUCAUGGCCAAUUCUCCCACGCGAACACGGCCCUGCCGGUUGGCAAAAUCGCCAAACAAACCGUCAACGUCGCCACGAUGACGGAGAUCACCGAUGACACCCAAAUCAUCUCCCUCACGGAGUAUAAAAAACUCGAGGAUCAGAUCGAUGCCCUCAAGCUCGAGCUGGAAGAGUCCGCGCAGGCGAGCAAAACACUCGCCCAGAAGUUGCAGGAGGAAUCGAGUUAUACGGAGCGAAAGGCGCACAUUAUUCAAUACCUGCGCGAGACGCUGAUGCAGGAGUGCAACCUACUUCGCCGGCAGCUCGUGAUGCCGAGGCGGGAACCUCGAUCGCAUAACGGAAGCCCUUUCAUCCGAAUGGUGGAAGGCGGCAACGGGAAUCAGGCGACCUCGUUUCAUAACGGGCAUGAACGGGGGAGUGGGCAUAGCACGCCGAUCCACAACGAGCACCCGCACACGCCGCCAGGGGGCUCUUUAGUCGGCCGAAGCCUCCCAAUGGGGCUUUCCCGCGCGUCCACGAUGCUCUCUGUGAAUUAUCCGGCGCAUAUGGGCGUCCACAGCUCGAACGCGGCCUCCGCGGAAGGCCACCCGGGCCGAAAAGGGAAUCUCCACGAGCAUGGCAAACAUUCCAGUGUGGGGAUGGUGAGUUAUACGGGAAACGCGCCUCACACCCCACACCCGCAACCACGCGAAACCCUCGGCAACGCCAGCUCCAUGCAUGAUCUCGGCGCGGCAAUCCCAUCGCUGGCGAUGAACCAACACCAGCCCUAUCCAACCGCGGCCGUGCAAGAGGUCGCGUCGAUCCAAAGCCUCCUCGAUCUCGCGCUUUUGGCGGUGGAAAGCGAUCAAACCUUCUCCGUUUCGACGAACAAACUCGAGAAGUUGCGGGGCAUCCCCGGUGCGUUCGCCGGGAUGGAACUCAAGAUGGAUCCACAGGCUCAGAAGGAGAAGAUGCGCGUUGAGUUUGACGAAAAAUUUCGCCGUUUAAGGGAGUCCUUUCUGACGGAGAAGCUCAUGCACAAUCACAUUAUCAACGAGAAAGACAACGAAAUCGAGCGACUUCGCGGACUCAUCGACCUGCGUGUUAUGCAGAAUACGCUCGAGAAGAACAUUAAAGACCUGCGAAAGGGCGUGCAGAAGCUUCGCACCUUCGUCAUGCAGGAGCUAAACUCCUUUCGAAACCUAUUGGAUGCCAGCGUGGCGAGCAUCAGCAAUUUUGCGAAACUGCUCACCCAAAUCCGGCAGGAUAGCGAGGUCGUGGAGAACUCGCUGAACGCGAUGAGGCAACUCGUUGAUUCCAGCUACGCCCUCUUCUAUCCGAUGCUCACGGAGGAAUACAAGCGGGGUUUCCACCCAUGGCCGCUCCGCCAGCGCAACACGCAGGACCCUUUCUCGCACAUCAUUAAGGUUCAAUACGGCCCGUCGGAGGUGGUGCGGUUGCGGGAUUCCAUCAACACGAUGAACAUCUUAUAUGUGGCGAUUCAUCGCUUUGCAAUGAUGCAUAUCGUAGUUCCCGAUCCCUCCCGCCCGGCGUUUGGGAAGCCGUUACACACCCUCUGCUCCGGCAUCGCGCUUAGCUGGACGACGACGAUGAAUCUCGUGCUGGAGGUGCGUCAUCGGUAUCAAAAUGAGCUGCAGUAUUGUCGUCAAAUGGCGAGAAUCAAUAUGAAAAUUAUGUGGAAUAUCUACCUACAGAACGCCUAUUCGGAGCGCUCGAUUAAGGCGAUCGUGGAAGGAAAUAUGAACCCCCAUACCACCACAUUGCCGGUUGCGAAACGGGUGAAUCAGCUCGCCGCCGAGCGCGCCGUCCUCGCGCGAGAACGCAACGCGGUGUGUAAGGAACGCAUGGAAAACGCGAGGUGUGUGUAUCGCAUCUGGCGGGAGCGACAUAUUGAUAUCACUCGUAUUGGAACUCCCAUCUCCAAGCCGACCCAUCUUCUUCCCGCGCUGGUCGAGCGAGACUCCACGGAGAGUGCGGGCGGGAGUGUCUCCUCGUUUAGUCUUUUCAUGCAUCGCGAAUCGGGGCAUUCGCCGGAUAAUCGGAGCUCCUCCAGCGUUCCGUUCGUGCAAAACGCGCGGGGUAGUACGAGCUCGUCCACGCACGCGCUCGAACGCACCGCGGUGGCGUCGUACAGCCCGGCGUCGUAA